AUGGAUAGCAAUUAUUCUGAUAUGAAAAAUACAGCAAUUAAGUUCCUAGCAAUCUGGUGGCCCCUGAAAUGCCAAAUCACAAAGAGGCGUGCCAGAAUAAUGAUUAUCUUCAUAUGGUUAGUAGCCCUAACCACCACUAUUCCAUGGGCGAUAUUUUUUGACUUGGUGGUAAUAUUCAGCGACGCUCCAGAUGUACAACUUUGCAUCGAAGUAUGGCCCGAGCCAAUGAACGGAUCCCUUUAUUUCCUUACGGCUAAUCUUCUCUUCUGCUACAUCCUCCCGAUGAUUCUCAUUACCAUGUGUUAUGUCUUAAUUUACAUCAAGGUUUGGAAGAGGGAUAUCCCAACAGACACCAAAGAUGCUCAAAUGGAAAGGAUGCAGCAAAAGUCCAAAGUCAAGGUCGUCAAGAUGCUCGUCGCGGUUGUUAUUUUAUUCGUUAUUUCCUGGUUGCCAUUGUAUGCCAUUUUUGCUAGAAUUAAACUUGGAGGAGACAUCGAACCAUGGGAAGAAGAAAUUUUACCCAUAGCGACCCCAAUAGCUCAGUGGUUAGGAGCCUCGAAUUCUUGUAUUAAUCCAAUUUUGUAUGCCUUUUUCAACAAAAAAUACAGGCGCGGUUUCGUUGCUAUAAUAAAAAGCAGAAAAUGUUGCGGAAGAUUGAGAUAUUACGAAACUGUGGCCAUGAUGUCUUCGUCUACAAGCAUGAGAAAGUCCUCCCAUUUUUACAACAACAAUUCUUCCACAAGAAAGAUACCACCAUCACAAGACCACGCCGUAUCUUACAUUUACAAUAACACUGGGGUCUAA